AUGAAAAUAACAGACGGCGUUCCAUCAGGCGCAGAUGGGGAUUUGCUUCGUCUUAUAGCGGAAAAGCUGAACGCGAGCCUGAAGUUGAUUACCCCGCAUCGAGGCUUCGGUUGGGGUAAGCUUGAAGAGGACGGAACCUGGUCUGGAUCCCUCGCAGAUGUUUAUUACGAUUUAGCCAACUUGUCUAUGACAUCGGCGAGCAUCACACUCAGCAGGUUCACACAUUUCCAAAUGUCUAUGGACUAUAACACGGUGAAAGUUGUGUGGGUCACUCAUCCUUCGACUCUGGAGUCGCCGUCAUUAAAACUGUUUCGGCCGUUUGAUUUUGAGGUUCGAAUUGCUUUGGCAGUUUCUUUCUUAUUAGUUAUAGUGUUGACUAUGUUUAUUAGAAGAAACUGUUGGAACGCCGUACUUGGGUCUCUGAACGUGCCGCGACCUCGCCGUAGCCUCGUUUUCUAUUCGUGGGAGGUGUGCAUGGGCAUGCCUUCGAAUAAGCUUCCUACAAAGCUCGCCUUUCUGUACGUCGUUUUGUUCUGGAUAUGGUACUGUUUCCUAAUAAGAACAUUUUACACGGUGUUUCUUAUUAAAGCUCUAAAGACAAACGUGUACUGUUCGGAUUUACUGAAAAUAGAGGACGCCAUUGCAGCUAAUUACGGUAUCGGCGGUGGUUUAGCCCUCAAAGACUAUUACAUAGAUGAGCCCACGAUUUACAAUCGCUGGAUAAACUUCGAGAGCAACGAAAUCUUCGCGGCGAUGCUUAAUUUGUCUGAAGGACAGAAAUACGUAAUUGCAAUAAAUUAUGAAACCUCUAAAAUAUUCCAGAGAAACCACAGUUUAGAUUUGCAUAUUUUGCCACAGAGAGUAAUUAGCAGUCCAACGGUGAUAUUUUUUAAAAAGUUUUCUCCAUUAGCUGAUUCUAUCAACUCCGUUUUGACGCAAUUAGUUGAAACUGGUUUCACUUCAAAGCUGUACAAGAAUUACACAAAGUCCAAAUUCACAAACAGGCAAGAUAUCUCUACUGUUAUAGGAGCUCAAAGGGUAUCGAUCAGCGAGAAGAAUGUAACAGUGGUCAUAGGACGGGAUGCAACUCUUACGUGCAACGUGGAGAAUUUAGAAAAUUAUAAGGUGGCGUGGCUGCGCGUCGAUACACAAACGAUUCUUACAAUAGGGCAGCACGUGAUAACGAAGAACCAUCGAGUGGCGGUAGCGCGGGUGGAGCCCCACGCAUGGGCUCUGACCCUGCGCGAAGUACGGCCGAGUGAUACGGCCCUCUACAUGUGCCAAAUCAACACGGAACCGAUGACGGCACAAAGCUUCCAACUGCACGUUUACGUGCCACCAGACAUCGUGGAUUCAGACAGUAGUGGUGAAGUGAUCGUGCAUGAAGGUGACAGCAUAGCUCUCCACUGCGCUGCAUCUGGGAUCCCUAAACCUACUAUCACUUGGAGGAGAGAGGAUUUAAAGUUGUUAACAGUUGGUGGUGAAAAAGUUGCUAAGUGGGAGGGUGCGUGGCUCAACGUCACUUCGGCGCAAUGUGACAUGAACGGGGCAUUAUUCUGCAUCGCCAGCAACGGAGUGCCGCCCAGUGUCAGCAAAAGAAUACCUCUGCAUGUGCUAUGUAGACCGAAAACUGAGAUCAUACAGAAAAUGUUCGGAGUUUACAUCGGGGAAGACGCUUCUCUUCAAUGUCACAUCAAGGCUUAUCCACCACCAAAAGUAUACUGGACCAACAUGUAUCAAGAUAGAAUUAAGGAUGGUUCGAAGCACGAAACAAAAACUAUAUUGAACGCUUACGAGCACACGAGCCAUCUUAAAAUUAAUAACGUGACAAGAGAAGACGCAGGUCGUUAUCAUUGUCACGCAGUAAACUCUCUCGGGGACGGAGAAAACAGCGUUACACUGUACAUGUUCGCCACAACGACCGCAUUAAGUACGACAACGGGUCAAUUUGUGAUGACAUCGGGCCACCGAACAAACGCAUCCGCGAAUUAUGAAUUAGAUUCCACCAAUACUGACACCGCCUUACUGGAAUCAGACGCAUUUGUAGUGGUACUCAGUCAACAUCAAAUGCAAGACAAAGGUGUCAUAACAACGUCG